AUGUCAUUUUGUGAUUUGUAUGAGAGUUGUUUCAAGAGCAUUUCGAUUAUACGAAUCGUCGAUUCGAAUAAAGAUUUGAACAAUUCUGAUGAUGGCGAGCUAACAGUUCUCGAUAAUGUGAUUUCCACUUCUAAAUAUAUUUUAUUUUACUUGCUAAGUGCGAAUAGUGAACGUGCCAAAGAAUUGGUCUUACCAAUUAAACAAUUCCUACAGUGUCGUCAGGAAAAUGGAACCACUAACAACACGAAAAGCCCACCAACUCGACUUCGCCGAUUUUUUGGAGUUGGAAAGAAAAAGCAUAAAAAGAUGAAGACAGUUGAGGAACAAAAAGAGAUUUCGGUUAUUAUUUUUGAUGUUGAUUCGAGUGAUGAUAAUCAACAACAAGUGAUUGAUGAAUGCGGAUGGUAUAUACUCGCACCAAUGAGUCCUAUGACGAAGAGUCGAUUUUUACGAGCUUUACGAUAUUGUUCAACUCCUUCUUUGAUUGUUGUUGAUAGCACUAGCAGGCAAAUUAUAACAACAGAUGGGCGACGAUUAUUACAAGAGGAUUCGAAGGGAAAUAAUUUUCCAUGGUGGAAUCCAACAGCUGAUGAACUUUUUCAAGGAACUGUAUUGAAAAAUGUUAUUGAGACUGAUGGUUCGAGGAAUGUCUCUAAGAUAGAAUAUAAAGAUUUGGAACCAGUAGUGAAAGGCAUCUACUUCGGUGCAUUUUGGUGUCCGCCAUGCCGUAUGUUCACAAGGCAGUUGCUAUCUUGCUAUGAAAGUCUUAAAGCUGCCAGUAUACCCUUUGAAAUAUUUUUUUGCUCAUUUGACAGGCAAAAAUAUUUUAAAACUUCAGUCGAUUUCAGAUCAAGAGAGUCAUUCGAUCAGCAUUUCUCAACAAUGCCUUGGCUAGCUUUUGAUUUUAAUCCCAGUAAACUAACGUUGUUCACUCGAUUAUAUAAUGUUAACGGUAUUCCUGCACUUCUCAUACUUGAUGAGAAGAAUUGCGUUAUAACAAGGCAUGGGCGAAAUUCAAUGUUAAACGAUCCGCAAGGAAAGAAUUUUCCAUGGGGUCCCCAGUCAAUUUAUGAAUUAAAUGAAUAUACUUUAUGUCGAUUGAGAGAUGAACCAUCUUUAAUACUUUUUACUGAGGGCUCACCAGAAGAUGUUAAUUUUUCCAUAGAAGUUUUAAAAUUAACUGCAGAGGCUUUGUAUGCAGAGCGAAAUGAAUCUCUGAAAAGGUCAGCAUCAAAAGAUAACGAAAGUCAAGAUGAAAAUGGUGAUGGUAGCGAUUCUGCCAAUUUUACUCAUUCAAGUAAUUCCGUUGAAAGUGUGGCCUCAUCUGAUAUUGGCUUACCUUUAUGGUCUGAUCCUCUGCAGAUGUUUUACACUGGAGACGAUCCAGUGUGCGAUCUAAUUCUAGAAGGGCUCGGGCUAGCCGAUGCAGAAUUGCCAUUGAUUAUAAUAGUUGAUGUAAUUGUAAGUCGUAUGGUUAUAUGUACCAAACCAGAUGUAAGCUCUGAAAUUGUUGCAAAUUUUGUGGCUGAUUACAGAGGAGGAAAGUUAGAAAUGGUACCAUUACCAUCAUCUUGUCAGUCUUCUCCUCUUCAAGUUGGUGGCAUUCCUAUUCGAGCGAUUCAUCAGGCUCUUGGUAUUGGUAAUUCGCCAUCGCAGAAUUCUAUAAACAAUGAAAAUACUUCAGUACAAGUUAUAUAG